CACCGGGCUCCAAUCUCCGCCCCUCGUCGUCCCUGCGUUGUUUGGGGACAGUAGCAAGAUGGCGGCGGCCCCGCUGUACUGUGUCUGCCGGCAGCCCUACGACGUGAGCCGGUUUAUGAUCGAGUGCGACAUCUGCAAGGACUGGUUCCACGGCAGUUGUGUGCAGGUGGAAGAGCACCAUGCUGUGGACAUUGACGUUUACCACUGUCCCAACUGUGACGUCGUACACGGACCCUCCCUGAUGAAAAGGCGCCACAACUGGCACCGCCACGAUUACACGGAAUUUAAUGAUGGAGCUAAACCGGUGCAAGCUGGCACCCCCGUCUUCGUCAAAGAGCUGCAGAGUCGGACAUUCCCAAGCUAUAACAUUUUUAGCGGUGAAGAGAUUCUGAUGAGAAUGAAGGGCGAGCAGGUGACCCCCAAGUACCUGGAGCGCCACGGCUUCAACUAUCCCAUCAUGGUCACGGAGAUGGAGGGCCUGGGACUCAAGCUGCCGCCCCAGGCGUUCAAUGUCAGAGACGUGGAGCAGUACGUGGGUGGGGACAAAGUGAUUGAUGUGAUUGACGUGGCGCGGCAGGCCGACAGCAAGAUGAAGCUCAGCCAGUUUGUCAAGUAUUUCACCAACCCCCACCGGCCCAAAGUCCUCAACCUCAUCAGCCUGGAGUUCUCGGACACCAAGAUGUCAGAGCUGGUGGUGGUUCCUGAUGUGGCCCAGAAGAUGUCCUGGGUGGAGAACUACUGGCCGGACGACUCCUUCUUCCCUAAGCCUUUUGUCCAAAAGUACUGCCUCAUGGGCGUUAAGGACAGUUACACGGAUUUCCACAUCGAUUUUGGUGGCACAUCCGUCUGGUACCACGUUCUCUGGGGUGAGAAGAUCUUCUACUUGAUCAAGCCUACGCCGGCCAACCUUGCACUAUAUGAGGCAUGGAGUUCCUCGCCCAAUCAGAGCGAAGUGUUCUUUGGGGACAAAGUGGACAAGUGUUACAAGUGUGUCGUGCCCCAGGGGACCACUCUGCUCAUCCCCACAGGCUGGAUCCAUGGCGUUCUCACCUCUCAAGAUUGCAUGGCAUUUGGGGGAAAUUUCCUGCACAAUCUCAACAUCAGCAUGCAACUCAGGUGUUACGAAAUGGAGCGUCGUCUGAAAACGCCAGACCUCUUUAAGUUCCCGUACUUUGAGGCCAUCUCUUGGUAUGUGGCCAAGAACCUCUUGGAAACUCUGAAAGAGCUCCGAGAAGACACAUGUCCACCGCCAACGUAUCUGAUGGAGGGAGUGAAGGCUUUAAUCUUUGCACUGAAGACCUGGUUGAAAAGAGAGGUGACGCAGCCCAACAGCGAGGUCCCAGACAACAUCAGGCCCAACCAUCUCAUUAAAGAGCUAACCAAGGAAAUACGCCAUCUGGAGGAAGAACCGAGCAAUGGUAGUGGCUGCAACAAUAGCAGCAGUAGUGCUGUUGCCAAGCCUGUCAAAUCUCAGGGAAGUGUCCCCGGAGGUCCCACCGGGUCCAAUGCAUGCUCCUCCACUCGUGCCACGCUAGACCGUCUAUGCCAGGCUCGACAGGCGAGGCGUGCCGCCAGGCGUUUAAAGGUGCAGCAGCGGCACGCUCCCAAAGCGCCGUCCAACCUGGACAUACUGGAGCAACACACCAGGGAAGUGCUGAGGAGACUGGAGGUGGGACCGCUGGAGGAGGAUCUGGCGUUCUGUGCCAAGGUUCACGGGAAGCUCAACAAAGUGUCGACGGCCUCAGCAGCCGCCGCCGCCGAGUCUUUGGAAGAGAACCACCUUCGACUCACGCUGGUCAACGGCAGGAUCAUCAAGGUCAUGAGGCGGCCUGGCACUAGCCCGGUGAAGACAGAGGCUGACAGACAAGCCACUGGUCAGGCGAAAACCACAGACAAGUCUGAGAGGAUGCAGGUCCAUCGAGGGCAGCACGGCGAGGCCCACAAGGCAAAUCUCUUCUUGGGUCUGCAGAGGGUGAAGACUGAACUCAGGGAAGAGACGUCAGGACAUUCAGACUCUACGUCAGAUAUGGAUUCGGACAGCGAUGCUCCGACGCGGCGCAAAGUGUCCCCGUUGUCAUCAUCCUCUGAUGAGGAUUCCGAGAGUUCCCAGGAGGAAGAGGCGGCGCGGCAGAAAGCUUCAGGACACACCAUCGAGCUGGACCAAUCUCACCACAAACCACUCAAACGAGAACGUCCUACCUCACCCAGCACAGAAGAAGCCAUUCAGGGGAUGUUGUCCAUGGCCGGCCUGCUCUGCUCCACCAAGUCGGAGAAGGAGGCUGCCUCCCAGGAGCCCUGGUGGUCUGUCCCCAGCCAGGAGGGGCAGCAGAGGGGGCCGGCACACCAGCACCAGGGGGACGCCAGCCCUAUGGACAGCCAAGGCAACAGCAGCGAGGCCUGGGACAAUCAUGGGCUCCCCAGCCCCGAGCCCGACUACCAAUACUGUGACCCCUCCAUGUCGCCCCCUCUGCACCCUUCCAAGAGAAACGCCCCCAACCCUCCGCCCAUCAGCAAUCAAGCCACUAAAGGCAAGCGUCCUAAAAAAGGCAUGGCCACCGCCAAGCAGAGACUGGGCAAGAUUUUAAAACUCAACAGACACAAUCGGGUUUUUGUCUGAACGCUCCAAAAAACAAUAAGGCGCUAAUUCCUCUAUUUUUCAUUUUAUUUUUUAAUUUCUCCCACCGACGGAAGCUCAACAUGUUGCCUGUGCAUGCUUGGGAGACAGGGUAAUGGAUUCCACGUAAGCACAUGCAAGCAAGACUUCACGACAAGCACACCAGGAACAAGAAGGGUGGAGGAAGACCUUCUUCACCAGGGAGCACCAGACGCUCCUGUGGGCAUUAGGGAGAGUGGAGGUUUACCCAACCAGAUCCAGACUCCUUUUAAAACUGAGUCACAUCCGUCAUGCUUUUAUUUUCUGCCGCUUGCCUGGCGACUAUCUUUGAGGGUGGUGUCGCCGCCACAGGGACUUCAAGGAGGUGGAACGGAAAUUUCAAAAUGGUGCUCAUUAUUUUUACUUUAACCCCCCUCGCCCCCUCUCCAAAAAGACUCGAUUACACCAGCAAUAAUGAACACCCAUUCUCUUUUUCCUCACUAUUCUUUUUUUGUACACUUUAGUGCAACAUUGCUGCCCCCUGUUGGUUUGACAUAGGAAUCAUGAGUCAGUGGGGGUGGGGGGGCUACAACUCAUAGAUUUUAAUUUAUUUGUUUUUUCUGUGAUUUUUUUGUUUUUUGUAAUGUUAUUUUUAUGGAACCUGAUGUAUUUAUUAAUGAAGAGAUACAAUUUUAUUAUAUUUUAGACCCCAAGCCUGAGCUACUCUGAGGUUUCUCCUUUCCCAAGGGGUUUCUUUGCUUUUGUUUUCUGUAAAUGUGAAAAGUGUUUGCGUUGGUGUGCUGGUCAUCUGUCAUGUAGCAAAAUCUUUUUUCUUCUCUUUAGCCGGUGGUUUGGUGCAGCGUGCGACUAGAACGGGUCUUUUUUUCCUUAUUUAACAACACAGACAAGCGUCAGCUUCCUCAAUGCGCACCUGAGCUUGUUCCACUUAGUAUUCUGAGCCAAUGUGGUCGAUGCAUCCCGAGGUCGCAAAGGAACUUCAGUGAUGAGGUUCUUGUUUUGUUUAGUGCUGCUGUGUGUUUUGCAGUUGUUCACUCUCAGGGAAUGAUGCCAUGAACAGAACCUUUGAUAAAGCACCAGCCACAUCGUGAACGCAGAAAGAACGCUCUCCAUUUUUUUUACAUCAACUUCCUGGUUCUAUUCGAUCACACUUCCUGCUCAGUGUUAAUGAGACAUCCUAGAGAUGAUCCAACUUGACUAGCGAUGCCAAGUAGCUUUAAGACCACGCGCUCUUUCUCUGUAAGCUUUGCUCAGGUUUAAGUGCACGUAACCUGCAAGUGACUUUCUUGUCCUCCAUUUGGAGUCCUUUUCCUAACACUUUUAAACCCCUUUGCAUGUCGACUUGUUUUAAAACAAACACACAAAACGCGAGCCGGCCCGCAGGCGGGGUUUGUUCCAUCCUUUGCCACCUUUUUUGCUAAGCAGCUCUCUUUUUGGCAUUUUGUGUUUACGUGUGGGUUCACAAUUUUUUGAUUAAUUUGGCAAAAGAGAUACAAACACUGGCAAACUGAGACACUGUUAAUGCAUUUUGUUUCUGCAUUUCAAAAAUUGCGUGUAAAUAAAAGAAAGAAAAAAGGCUCA